AUCUAUUGUCAUUAUGAAGGAUGAUAUUCCCAUUGUUAGUGAAAGUAGUUGGCCGGUUUCUUUGGUUUCGAAGACAAGUGACAAACAAUUGACACUUCUAACUAACAACGCUUCUUGGGACCUCCGCCUUCACUAAACACAAACAAACCAUAUAGCUGAAUGCAAGCUUUCAUUCACAAUUCUCAUUCUCGCAUUCUUCACAAUCCUUUUUCUCUCUCUGCAAUGUCUUCCUCUCUCACUCUUCCCUCUAUUUCCCCAAUCUUCCCCCAUCUCACACCUUCAUCACUCUCUCUUAAAAACCAUCAUUUCCCUCGAUCUAGGGUUUUCGCCACCCUCUCCACUGGAUCUCAGCCUUCCAUCCAUGACGCUUCUUUCUUAGAUUAUAAGGUCUCCAAUGCCUUUCUCUUCCCCGGCCAGGGUGCACAAGCUAUUGGAAUGGGAAAAGAAGCUCAGAAUGUUCCUUCUGCUGCAAUUUUGUACAAGAAGGCAAAUGAAAUAUUGGGGUUUGAUCUUCUUGAUGUAUGCAUUAAUGGACCAAAGGAAAAGCUGAAUUCAACAGUUAUUAGUCAGCCUGCCCUUUAUGUCACAAGUCUUGCUGCUGUUGAGCUGCUUCGUGCGCGUGAGGGAGGUGAGCAGAUUAUUGAUUCCGUUGAUGUUACAUGUGGUUUGAGCCUCGGAGAAUAUACUGCUCUGGCAUUUGCUGGGGCUUUUAGCUUUGAAGAUGGACUGAAAUUGGUGAAACUGCGGGGUGAAGCCAUGCAGGAUGCUGCCGAUGCUACCAGUGGUGCUAUGGUUAGUGUGGUAGGACUGGACUCAGAGAAGGUCCAGCAGUUGUGUGAUGCAGCCAAUCAGGAAGUGUCUGAAGCUGAGAAGGUUCAGAUUGCCAAUUACCUUUGUCCAGGAAACUAUGCUGUCUCUGGAGGCAUAAAAGGAAUAGAAGCGGUGGAAGCCAAAGCAAAGUCUUUCAAGGCUCGAAUGACUGUGCGCCUAGCUGUUGCAGGUGCUUUCCAUACUAGUUUUAUGGAACCUGCUGUGUCAAGAUUAGAAGCAGCAUUGGCAUCAACAGACAUUAGAACCCCAAGAAUACCGGUCAUUUCCAAUGUCAAUGCUCAACCGCAUACAGACCCUGACACAAUAAAGAAGAUAUUGGCACGACAGGUUACUUCCCCUGUUCAAUGGGAAACAACAGUGAAGACUCUUCUAUCCAAGGGGCUGAAGAAAAGCUAUGAACUGGGACCCGGAAAGGUUAUUGCUGGAAUUGUCAAAAGAAUGGACAAAGGUGCUGAUAUUGAAAACAUAGUAGCUUAAGAAGGCUACAGAACAUUGCUCCCUAUGUCAUGUGGCUUCCAAUACAAACAACUAGAAUAUUGCAUAUCAUUUUUCCUUAGAAAAUGUGCGUGAGCGAAAUCCAAGAGAGAACACAUGGAACUUGAAGUUUCUGUGAGUAAAAAGCAGCUUCAGUCAGAUUUGAAUGCCAGUUUUGAAGUUUAAAUAUUUAAUCAACCAAUGCAUACCACUCUGAACAAGUUAGAUUAGUGUUUGUUAUCGUUGCUUAGAAUUUCUGAGUUCAUCUGUUUAUGUAAUUUUAUAGAAUGUUGUACACCUGAUCUACAUUAAUGUUUCUACCAAUAAAAAUUAGAAGAAACAAUUAAAUUUUGAAAUGGCAUUCGAGGAUAAUUAUUUU